CUUCACAGCUGGACAUCAGCAGCUUCACAGCUGGACAUCAGGGUGCCUUUCUACCUGUUCUGCAUUCUGUGGCUGACCACUCCAGCGAUCCCAGCAGAAUCGUUACACAGAUUGCUGUUUUCGGCUCAUCGUUGUCACCGCCUAGCACGUGUGCUACGUCUACAUCUCUAUCGAAUUUCCUGCUGGAUCCACCGCUACAAGCAGCUGACAGCAGCCUUGAUUAUCUCAGCAUGGAAGACGUCAUCUUCACGCCGGUAUCAAGUGGGACACGGACACUGCCGCCAGCGGCAGCACUGCAGCGCUUAGAUUUAAGCAACUGGCAUCAGCAAGGCGCUUCCAGUGGGCACGGGAGAGCAGCUACCAUGCGGUCGCUGCUAAGCUCUCCUUUCUGCUUUCUUAUGCAGGGUGCCUUUCUACCUGUUCUGCAUUCUGUGGCUGACCACUCCAGCGAUCCCAGCAGAAUCGUUACACAGGGCAGCUGGAAACCUGCUCUUUCGAGAGGUUUGUACAUCCUGAAGGCCUCGCCUCGGCAGACAAGACCUUGGGGACCACCAACCCACAAGUUUAUGGUCCUUUCUUUUUGGAUGGUGGAGCAGCACUGGCUGCAGCAGCCAAGGGGUCAGAUGGUGUCACGGCCGGCUCAUUGCAUGUGGGCAGAACAGCAGCCGGAAGCUGUGGUGGCGCUGCCCUCUGAGGCGUCACAUCGGCGAACAUGUUCUUGGACAUGUAGUAUACCCACCUGUGUGACUUCUUGAAUGUUAUAUUUACCUUACUUUAAUCGUCAUUAUUUCAUUUUCUUUUUACCAGGAUGGGCACGAUCGCGAGUAUGCGGCUGGCUACCCGACCCAGUUUACACAGUGGAAAGAGUUUUCACAAGAUUCAGAGGUGUGUUCGUGAGCACUGCAUUUCGCACAAGUUUGGUGGCCUCGGCAGCUCUAUGAUCUGUGGCCGAAACGCUGGCAUCUGAAACAUUGGAGGUGAUUUGGCAAGCAUGGCCUGACGUGAAGCUUGUUGUAUCCGGCUUCAAUGGACUCGGGCAGUAUACUUGAGCGAAAAGUAUCAGAAGUUCAGUCUCUGUCAGCUCCAUCGAAUCAUCAUCGGAAAUCACAUCGCGGAUGGUGUUCAUGGUGCAAUGUGGGGUCACUGAAGCUGGUACGUCCCAAAGGACACUAGGUUAUGUAGUUUUUCAUAUUGCUUUUUGUCAUGAAGUUCAAAUAUGAGGUCGCCACAUGU